AUGCCUAAUAACGUACAAGACUCAGCGAUGAUGGUAUGCUAUCGAGAAUGUUUAUCGAAUUUAGAAAAAUUCCAUGGUGGUGAAGAUCAAAAAAUUUUACAAUUCAUUAAUAAUAUUGAAAGAAUUGGAAGAAUGAUCGAUGCAAAUGAUGAUAUUCUACACUGUAUGUGCACAGCAAAAUUAGAUGGAGAAGCGAAACGCUGGUAUGAAGAUAACAUGACAUUAGUCCAGUGGGAAAAUUUAAAAUCAGCACUACUAGAAAGAUUUACAACAUCGGAUUCAUCAUCAAAAAUUUUUGAACAACUAAAAGAACGCAAACAGAAAUCAGAUGAAACAAUCACAUCGUACUAUGACGCCGUUAUUAAAUUAUGUCGAGAAUAUGAUUCUUCGAUGUCACAAAAAAUAAUGAUAUCAUGGUUACAAAAUGGAAUAAAGGAUUCAUUGAAGACUCAAAUUAAACGGCAAAUGAAACUAUUACCUGAAUCAGCACGAACAAGUCAAGCAUUCUUAAAAAUUGCUAAGGAUGAACAAGAAUUACUAGAAGAAGAUUCAUCUGAACAACAAGCAGCACAAUCUUAUUUGCCGUACAUCAUGAAUACCGUAUCAACAACAUUUAAAGAAACGCGAACCAACUCCGACACAGUACCAACAUCUACUUAUUCGUCACAACGAUAUCCAAGAUAUAAACAGAAUACACAAUAUACUCCAUCAUCGGAACUUUCAACUUCAUUAAAGUCGAAACCCAAAAGUCAAAAUUUACUUUCACAACCACCAUCCAUUUUACGUAAACAGGAACCACAUUAUCCAUCAGUUACUAAUUCCCAACGUCAUCAAGCAGCAAAUGUUAAAUCUUAUGCAUCUACACAACAUCACUCCCAACGACGUCCAUGUGAUAAGAAAUUACACAAAUCAGCAAAUUGUUCAUCUAUUAAUAUUAUUGGUGAAAUUCAACUUGAAAUUAAAAUACAAGGGUAUAAAACUUUAAUUUUGGCGGAUGUUGCAACUAAUCUUAUUACUGAUUUGUUACUUGGAAAUGAUUGGAUUACGACAAAUAAUGUUAUUAUCGAUUCACCGCAACAAUGCAUUUAUCUUACUAAUCCGAAACGGCAUAUUUUAGCGACAGCAAAAUUCGUUAAACCUCCACAUUUCCAACUGCCCGUACUAUUAACCGAUGAAAUUACUCUUUCACCAAACUCCGAAAAAUGCGUUAACAUCAAAGUAUUAUCACCAACAGUGAAUAUAUCCGAAGCUUUAUUUGAACCAGCAGCAUAUUUAUAUCCGAAACAAAUCUUACUCACGAAUGCAUUAAUUAAAUUCAAAGACAAUAGCAGUUACGUUAUGAUAAUGAACGCAAAUGAUCGUCAGAAAACAUUAUCGAAAAAUACAACAUUGGGAUAUAUUUCACAUCAAUCGGAAGUAAGUAAUUAUCUUAUUUUACCUGUAUUAUUAGGAAAACAUGGUGAUGGGUCUGCAUUUCCAACAACAAGCUCUUACAGGAGGAACAAAUCCCUUGUGGAUCGUUCCUGGGUUCCACCAACAAAUGACAAAAGGAAAGUUCAAUCUAUGGACUUAACCUGUCGAAUGGACCACCAGAAUGAACAACAGCCUGAAUGUUAUGUCUGCCACGAACAAUUUAUAUCACGUAAUGAUUUACAACAGCAUUUACGGCAAAAAUGUUAUCCACCAGAAAUGCGAGAACAGAUCGGAAAAUUAACUCAGCACAUUGAAGACAACAAACAACGACAACAACUACAACAGAUUUUAUGGAAAAAUGGCAAACUAUUUGAUCUUCGUCAACCGUCCAUCAUAAAAGCUACUGUACAUCAUGCCAUCGAAACUGGUACUCACCCACCAAUUUAUACUCCACCAUAUCGUGUUUCAUACAAAGAUGAACAAAUUCAAAGAGAAGAAAUCGAUAAGUUACGCAAACAAGGCAUAAUUGAAGAAUCUACAUCACCAUGGUCAUCUCCAAUCGUACUGGUACGUAAAAAAGAUGGUUCUGUUAGAUUUUGUAUUGAUUUUAGGAAAUUAAACAACAUUACUACGAAAGAUGCAUUUCCCAUGCCUCGAAUCGACGAUAUUUUUGAUCAUUUAUCACAAGCUGAAUACUAUACAACUAUCGAUUUCAAGUCAGGCUACUUUCAAGUUGGACUCGAUCAUAAGGAUUGUCCAAAAACAGCCUUCUCAACAAGAGAUCAACAUUAUCAGUUUACAGUAUUACCUCAAGGUGUUACAAAUGGUCCACCAGCAUUUCAACGCAUCGUUAGUCAAAUACUUGGACCCACAAGAUGGCAAUAUACAUUAGCCUAUCUCGAUGAUGUUAUAAAAUAUUCACCAACAUUUGACCAACAUCUAAUCCAUCUCGAUGAUAUUCUUAACCGAUUAAAUGAUGCAAACUUUCGUCUUAAUGUUAAUAAAUGUCAAAUAGCAAAAACAUCGAUUGAUUACCUCGGUCAUCACAUUGAACACAGCAAUAUUAGACCAAACGCCGACAACAUUCGUGCUUUACUCGAAACUCAACAGCCAACAGCAGCAAAAGAAGCAUUUCGAUUUGUCAAAGCUGCUGAAUAUUAUCGUAAAUUUAUACCUGGAUUUUCUACUAUUGCACAAUCUUUACAUAAAUAUGCACCCACUACAAAAGAACAACGAUCACAAAAAUCACAAGCUACACCCAUCAUUUUAUCUCAUGAUGAACUUCAUGCAUUUAAUGAAUUAAAACGGAUAUUGACCAAUGAUUUGGUAUUACGUAUUCCCAAUCCACAUUUACCAUUUAAGAUACAGACCGACGCAUCCAAAAUUGGAAUUGGAGCUGUACUUAUGCAAACUUAUCCAAAUGGUGAUCUACCGGUAGCUUAUUUAUCAAAAAAAUUUACAACAACACAAAUGAAUUGGCCUGCA